AUGUCGCACGCCCACAGUGUCGUACACCUCCCCAAUGGGCAGAACUUGACCGUCAGACCCGUCUUCGGCGGCUUCUUCUUCAAACCCGAUGACCUCAAUGUCCAUACCAGCGUCUUCCCCGCCGGGUGGACCGUUAACCUCCAAUCUGAAGACUACUCCGACGAACAUCCUCAACCCGCCGAUGCGAAGGAUACGGAGCCCAGCGAUACACCAAAAGAGAAAAAGCGACACAUCCACCCGUUCAGGAACCCGACUCUCCACAAUGAUAGUCUCUUCAUAUCCUCUAUUUCGAAUCCCUCGAGCAAUGACUUCAAGGCCCCCGCGAGCCCCACCCGACAGAUCGCCAUGAUGCUCUGGGCGUCGCUCUACUGGUAUUUCCAUCAACCAGAACCAUCACCCUAUUUGACGACCGAGGCUUCGAAGAAGACGCCCGACGAAGGCAAGCCGAGGGGAGAAUGGCGAAUCAAUAUCAAGAGGGAGGGCGUAUUUCGGGGCCGAAACCUCAUCCAGAAACUCGAGCGGAUGGGCCUGAUCAUAUCUGAGGAUUCGACGGUGGGCCUUAAUCCGGAGGAGAGCGCACCCGAGGGUUGGUUAGAUAUGUUCAUCUCCAAGCGCGCAUUCUGGCAGUUACCUGCCAAACUGUUCCUCUUCACCCUCCUGCCUACAGACGGAUCGUCUUUCCCUGGCACUCCGUAUGGCAGCCGACCCAAUUCUCCUGUAUGUCCUACUGACGGAAAGGACUCGCCAAACAGGGCAGAUAAUCUGGAAUCGCCAUCACAAUUCAGCUGUCCAGGUCUUUGGUCGCCCUCCUCCGUAGGGCCCUUUGCGUCUGGGAGCCAUCUUCCAACAUACUUCCCACCGCCGCCUCUACAGUAUGCAAUAACAUCAGGGAUCCGACAUCCAAUAAGGCCAAAACCACCCCGUCAAGGGGAGUUAUUCUAUGUACGCUAUAUCCCCAGCGUCGGUCAGUAUCUUUCCUUCCGUACUGCUUCCCUUUCUCCCAAGCCCGUAGCCUACAAAGGUCCUGUAUCCACCUCGUCGGCCCCAUCGAAAACGCAUCAGACAGCGGCCUCGUUGUCCUCUCUUCCGGCCCACAUUGCAGCAGCCUCAAUUUCAGAGUCAAAGUCCCCGAUACCGACUCCGGAGACAGAAGAUACGACACUAAUGUCCGAUCUAAAACUUCUGCACAAGUGGAUGAACAAUCCCCGCGUUUCUAAAUUCUGGGGGUGUGCGGGCCCUGAAAGCACCCAGGAGGAGUUCCUUCGGGCUAAUCUCACCUCCAAAAGCUCCUUUCCAGCUAUUGGCAUGUGGGACGGCAAACCGUUCGGCUAUUUCGAAAUAUACUGGGUGAAGGAGGACAUCCUAGGUAAACACCUUGGAAACAGAGCUGGGGAGUUUGAUCGUGGAUUCCACGUGCUUGUUGGAGAAGAUGAGUUCCGAGGGAAAAAUCGGGUUAAGAUCUGGAGCACAUCGUUGGCACACUGGGCGUUUAUGCAAGAUUAUCGGACGAAUGCAGUGGUGCUUGAGCCGCGAGUUGAUAAUGUGAGAUUUAUUUCAACGCUUAAUGAAGCGGGCUUUUUGAAAGAGGGGGAGAUCACGUUCCCGCACAAACAAAGUGCGUUUGUGAAGUUAAGGAGAGAGAAUUGGGAGGCGCCUGCGCUGUGA